AUGCCAUUUCAGACUCGAGAGGGAACACUACAGAGUGACAGCGUGGGAAAGGCGAAUCGGAAGCCUGUCCGUCGUGACCCAGAGAAGAGACGGCAGCAGAACGCUCAAGCACAAAGAAAGUACCGAGAAAAGUUUCGUGAGCGCCUAGAGAGUCUCGAAGCACUUGCAGCAUCUGCUACGCAGGGCCGUGCUACUGAAAGAACACCAACUGCGGGUACAGGCCCAUCCGAGGCGGUCGCAACGAUUGGCUCAACCACUGCUCCAACCCAUAUUGCAAAGAGCCUCCCAGCUUAUGAUACUUGGGAUAUAUCUACUUCCAGUCCAUCUACGGCGACUUCGAGAGAAUGUCAAUACUUUACUCCACAGUCAAAUGACACCCUAUCAGCACUGAGUGCAGAUACCUCCCCAUCAUCACUGAGCAUAUGGGAUUCUACAACACAUAUUUCGCAGUCAGACGGCACACCACCGUCACUGAGCGUAUGGGAUUCUACAACACAUGUUGAUCCUUCUCUUCUCAUUUGUGAUAAACAAAAUGACGCCCUUGGUCUAUACUGGACGACCAACAUCGACUGCGGCUGCUCCAGCCCACACUUCCAGAUCCGGACAGAAGGUCCAGCAGGCCCCUUUAGCUGUGGGGAGGUCAGGAUACUCAGAUUCGGACCAAGUGCACCUGCAGCUGAUCCAUAUGCCAACAACCUUCGCAUCGAAACAGUCUGCACUAUAGCUGCACUGAGUACUCUUGGAAUACAUGUUGGCAUUACCGAGGAGACGCUCUGUGCCGACGAAUCUCUCUCGCCAUUCUUCCAGUCUAGCACGGAGUCGGCGGAUGAUAUGGCCAAAGCAAAUAUGAUUUGCACAGUGAAGAGAACAUUCAAGACACUGAAGCCGGACUUGAGGCCGAGCAGCGAACAAAUCACUGUCAAGCAUCAUCCAUACAUAGAUAUUCUACCUUUUCCGACACUACGAAAAGGUCUCAUCGCCCAUCAGGAAGAGGUUGACGAGGAUAACUUCUUCCACGACAUGCUUAACGGUUUAGUAUGCUGGGGAGGUGCAGGCAUUGGGAAGAAGGAUCGAAAUAACUCCACUGGAUAUGUUUCGACAGGUACGCCGUGGGACGUCCGCAGCUGGGAGGCAAGGGUGUGGUUUUUGACAAAGUAUUGGACUCUGCUAGGUGGUGAAGAUGGAGAACUUGUGCGGCAAAGUGAGUGGUGGCGCAGUACCAGAGGGGAAGACACGCCGGACAUAAGUCCACAGCUAGAAAUAUAA